AUGAAAUCGAAAUUGAAUAAGUUUGCCGGUGAUGCUGGGACUUUAUUUAACAGAGCAGUACAGUACACUGAAGAAAAAUUAGGAUCUGCUGAAAAAACAGAAUUAGAUGCACAUUUUGAGAAUUUACUGCAGAGAGCUGAAAAAACCAGAAUAUGGACAGAAAAGGUGCUAAAUCAGACAGAAGCAGUUCUGCAACCCAAUCCAAAUCAGCGAAUGGAAGAUUUACUGUAUGAAAAACUAGAAAAGAAGAAGAAAGACAGAGUUACUAAUGCUGAACAGUUAGGAUUAUAUAUGGUAGAUGCUGGUAAUGAUUAUGGUCCAGGGACAUCUUAUGGUAAUGCCUUGAUAAAAUGUGGCCAAGCAGAAAUAAAAGUGGGUACUGCAGAAAGAGAAUUCGUAGCCCAAUCAGUUAAUAACUAUCUUCAACCAUUACGAAAUUUCCUGGAAGGAGACAUGAAAACCAUCAUGAAAGAGAAGAAGCUAUUGGAGGUUAAAAGAUUAGAUUUGGAUGCAGCUAAAAGUCGAUUAAGGAAAGCCAAAUCACCAGGUGCUCAGCAACAGGCUGAAGCAGAUCUACGUACAGCACAAACAGACUUUGACAGACAGGCAGAAAUUACCAAAAUUCUUUUAGAAGGAAUCAACAGUACACAUGCCCAUCAUCUCCGUUGUUUAAAUGAUUUUAUUGAAGCCCAGAUGGCUUAUUUCGCACAAUGUCAACAAUACAUGGUAGAUUUACAAAGACAACUCGGCAGUUAUUCAGUGGGUCCUAAUGUAGGUGGUGGGAGCUUGUCAAAUAUGCACCAGUCCACCAAUGUAUACACAAAUAACGGUAACCCCCUCCAACCCUCUGCACCCCCCGCAAUACAAGUCACUGCCGCCACGCCAACAGAGAAAAAACAAGCUCGAGUUUUAUAUGAUUACGAAGCUGCUAAUGCUUCCGAACUUUCACUCCUAGCAGAUGAGCUUAUAAUGGUAUAUACGGUGGCGGGAAUGGAUCCAGACUGGCUCAUGGCCGAGAAAAAAAAUUCAAGAGGGAAGGUUCCGUUAACAUAUUUAGAGGUACUGGAAUAG